GCGGCUAUGCAUCUCAGUAGCAUCUCUGGUAGGCAGACCUGUCUCUUACUAGUGUUGAGCUUUGGAGACUGUGGUUUGCUCUUUGUAUAAGAGAAUUAUCUCUACUGUGUUCCCCUUUGUUCCUAUGUGGGUCUUCCUGCAGUUGGUCCUGGCAGAAGUUGUUCAGGGCUGUCAGCCCCAGCCGAAUGUUCAGUUUCCCUGGCUGAGCCCCUGGCUGCCUGCUCUCUCCAAUUUAAUAUUUGGGAGACCUGGUGGGCUGCAGGUCACUGCAUUUAUGCAAGAGGCUGGAUGGGUCUCUUGUUUUGGGUGGUGGUAUUCCUGCAUUAAUUGAUAGAAAGUGGGUUGUUUAGGUUGUCUCAGGUGCAGAAGCCAUGUUGUUUUGCUCUUGCCAGACUCUUUUUCUCAUACUUUGUUUUGGCUCCUGCUCAAGCAGGGGUUCUAGAUCUGAAACAGCAGUAGUGUGUGGAAGAAGGAACAGAAGGGGUUACUUUGGAACGUGUCUUUUCUGGAAGAAAUACGGGUCAGCAUUUUGUGCACUCAUUUCCAGAACCUCUGCUUGUCAACCUGUGCAAGUUUAUUGCGCUCGGCUAUUGUUUAGCAGUAUCUGUAUGUGACAGAGGCAUCCAAAGGAUGGAUGAGAGUGAACUUUCCCCUGGAAUUCAGAGUUGAUUCACAAAACAGGAAUUUUCAGCAGCAGGUAAUCUUUCCUGCAGCCUGUGGUAGAUGAUUCUGCUUGAUGUUUACAGACAGCAGGGAGAGGUCUGUUUGUUACAUGGGUCGAUUUACUGGCUUUGUAUCACAGUGUUUGUUGGGUAGAGAACAAAAAUGUUAUAACAAAGUUAUGUUCCUGCAAGCUAACAGAGCCUUUGAGAUUGAGCUCUGGGCUGGGAUGUUUGGGUUUUGUGUAUUCUGUUGUGACUGUUUGCCAUCCUCGCUGUGUUCAUGUGCCGUACAAGCAAAGGUGCAGUUACCCAGGCUUACCUGCCUCUGGGCUGAGGUUUUGUUUUGUCAGGAUAAAUAAAAAACUGCAACAGAAAUAAAGCCAAGAAGGAGCUCAGAUUAGAUAAACAUUAGGGAGGUAGGGUGCCAGACAAUGAGGAGGAAGUUCUCCUAAAGCAGAGAAGAUCUGCAUGGGAAGUGCAGUUAUGUUGUUAAAAGGGAAGAGAGGACCCUCACAUGUUCUUGCUUUAGCAUAAAGAAUUUCUGCUUCUCAUGUGAGUAGGAAGACAGGUGGCAUUGCAAUGUAUUUCAAAAUAAUCUUCUAUGGUAAUGAAGAGGCAGGAAUUUAGAGGGAGGUUGCAUCAUUCCAAACUUCUGGUGAGGCAGCAGACAUUUUAGGAAGUCUCAGUUGCUUCAGGGGAUACUUUGACAGUGGGAGGUGUCUUGUUACUGGUAGGGCUGCAAAGGUCAAGUGGUUUAAACCUCAUCAUUGAGUUAACUUCAGGAAGGAGAAAUGUUCAACCUCCUCCUGCCCCCAUGAAGAGAUCCCUUCUGAAACAUUCCUCUUUCUUCUGCCAGGCAAACUGCAGUGUGUGUUAGUUCUCAUAAGCGAAAAGCAGCUGCUGGAGUAAAUGUGAGGCACAGAGCAUAGAUAAUUUUGGAAAGGGGAACCCAUUGUGGCAUGUUGUGGUGUCUCUGAAACAGAGACAUGAAUAUGGAGAAUAAGAUUCUGACUGACAAAUGCUGGAGUUUGGAUUUUACUUUCAGGGUGCAGCACUUCGUGCUGCCUGCUGGAGGGCUUUCUGAGAGGAGAAGGGAUCUGGGUAUGCUUCCAGGAGUGCAUAACCAGAAAUGUGUUCGGACUCCAUUUCGUUAAAGAUGGGGAGUGUUCUGUAGCACUGUAGGGACCUGGUUUGAUUUCUGAGUGAUGGAUGCUCAAAAUACCACUUAAAAGUCAUCAGAAAGCUUAGUGCUCUGAAAACCUUUAGGGAAGUUCUUGUGGAAAUGUUGGUGAUGGACUUGAAGUGGUAGUGGGUGUUAAAGAAGUUGAGGUAUGAUAGUUUGCAUUUCCCUGUACCGUUUGUGGAAGGGUGAGUGUUCCAUGAAUAUGAAGAAAGCAAUGUUUUAACCCUUUGGUGUUGGAAAGGGGACUGUGUCUGUAGGACUAGAGGAACACCAUGGAGUGAGUCAGGUAGCUUGAGCUCUGGCUCCCCACUGCGUGGGGGCACCAGGAAAUUGCACUGUCACAUCCUGUACAUGCUCUGUUCUCCCGGAGUCCCUGUGAUCAAACUGAAUCAGAGCUUGAGUUUAUCCCUAUGUUUUUGUUAGGUAACAGAGCAGUGCUUGACCUGGAAGGAGUGACUCUCUGGACAUGCAUUGUCUAGCUGGCAGGCAGAAAGAUUACUUAUGGUGAAAAUAAGCUCUGUUGUUUUCAAUGCAACUCUUUGGUGCAGUAACCAGUGAAUGCUGAAUACUGACUCUGUCACCCUGCGAUAAGCAGAUUCAGGAAACGCUUCAAAGUUCUGGUGAGUUCAGGCUCAGCUGUGGUUGUUAAUAUUCUCUUUGACUGUGAAGAAGGGAAAGAGAACAAACUCAUUUCAUUUGAAAGAAAAGCUGAAUUUCCUUUUCCAUGUGUUCCUCAUGCAAUUUAACUGCAUUCCAGAGUUUCAUAACAUUGGCAGAAGUCAAGACAUGAUGGCUCAGCUAAUGAAGCAGAGAAACUUUAACAUGGCUGUAGAGAUAAGCUGUUCUGGAAGCACAGAGAGAAUGGGACAUUUCCUGAGCCGAAAAGGAACCCAGAGCUGGUGUUAGAUAAGUGUCUCUGAAGAAAAGUGUACAAGAGUACAGAUAAAUAUCUUGUCUCCUUUUUCUUCCUUACAGAAUAGAAGAUAACCUCACACCCCUAUUCACAUUACACAGGUUAACAGAAGAGGGGUCACUUACCUGUGCUUCGUUGUCAGCAUCAUUUUGUUCUGACUCAGUGGUUGAGGGAUUCAAGUUUGUUUUGUAGGCAACCUCUCCUUUUUUAAAUCAGUGGUUACAUUAGUGUUGUGUGCUGUUUUGGGGUGUGUUUUGCUUUGUGCUGUAAAUGAAAGUUUGCAGAGCAGCUGCUUUUGCAGAGCAGAGCUCCUUGUACAGAAUUUCUUGUGAGUGAACCCUGGGGUGCGUGUGUGUGUGUGGUUCUCUGCCUUUAUGCUGCUCAGCCACAGUUGCUAAUUCCAGCUUUGUGCUAGCUCUGCUUCAGGGAGCCUGCAAUGGAGAUUAAUUACUUGGAGGCCUCAGGCAAGCUGCAAGAACUGUUCAUAUGCUUUCCCUAUCUAGAAGGCUAUGGAAGAGGGAUGAAAGGAGGCCUGAAAGGGGUUGAGAAUGUUUAAUGUAUCUGAGUUACAAUUGAGUCUGCUGGAAGUAUGACAGGAACUGAAAGGGCUGAAGCUUUGUGUUUUGAAGAAAAGGAGAAGGUGUUUGCUCAGAUGAAGGAAAUUAGUCAGAUGUGCUCAGUUCCAGUCACACAACUCAUGCUGAUUCCUUACAGAUUUUCUAAGGUGUGUGAUUGCAUUUCCACUUGUGGGCAUGGCAGACCUUUCUUGAACUGGGGAAUCCAUCUAGGUCUUUCUUACUCUGCUGCUUUCAAGAAGUAGCUGAGUGAAUUUGGAGUGGAGUAUGAUAACAGAGUGAGAUACUGGUAAGCUAUAGAAAGAGCAAAGCAGUACCAUCUGCUUCAGUGUGUGCCUAAGCAAGCUCGGAAGAGGGUUUGACUGCUCUCUGCCUUGAUUGCUGCUGUAGAGUUGCACAGUUCCCUUGGGUGCGUGCUGCUGCUUCCUCUGCCUGGCACCUUUCAGCAAGAGCCCUGUUCCUACUGCAGAAGGAACACACACCCUGGAGUGUCCCUGCCAGCACAUGCCUCUGGAGCCCCUCUCCCGGCUAUAAAUAAACACUGCCAAAUUUGACAAGCUGGCCCAGGUCGUCUGCUAGGAAUGGGCUGCAGGAGCCUCUGCUGCGUUGGUUCAGAGCAGCAGCUGAGGAGUCAUUUCAGCACAGCAGCUAGUUGAAUUUAACGCCUUUGACUAAACAGAGCCAGCAGAGUCUAGCAACAAUAAAUUCCCUUAUUUUUGUUUUUAUUGCAAGUCUUGACUCUUUCAGGAGGGAAAUCCAGCAGAGCUUAUUUCCCAGCUAGGUGCACAUGAAGGACUGGGGAUAAUAGGAGAAUCGUGAGGGCAUCACUUCAAUUACAAAAGCAGCCACAAUAAAAAAAUACAUUUUAAAGCAUUUAAACAUUUUAAGCACAUGAAAAAUCUGAAGGAACUUCCCAGCAGUGGUGCAGAUGGGAGCAGGGAGUGCAGGGGACUCCUGUGAUCAGUGUCCCACUGGUGUCCUAGAGGAGCGCUGUGAAAUGGGGAAUAACGACUCUGCUGGCUGCACCAGCAGUCACCUGAAAGAAAGUGUUCAAAUUGACAUUUUCCUUGAAUUUGCUCCUUCUGAAAUCUACUCAGCAAGUAUCACUGGGUGAAGGUGGCAUGAGAGAGCUAAGCUGAACAAAUGUUGAAAACCUGGUUUCUGCCCUGUUAAUAUUCCAUGAUUUUAAUGCAUGUCUGUCCUUCUCUUUCCCUGCUUCAUGCUGGAAAUUAACAGUCUUCUCUGCUCACUCCAUGCUGGGAGUGUUUUCUGGCGCAGAGUAGUCCCAGGCUUCUCAGUUCUAUGAACAGGAUCCUGAUGCGUGUGCGUAAUGGUCCUUUUAAUAUCCUGCUGAGCGUGCACUAGAUACCAUGAAUUUUGAUGUGAUCAAAGGAAAACCCAUUCGCAUCAUGUGGUCUCAGAGGGACCCCUCCCUGAGGAAGUCGGGGGUUGGGAAUGUCUUCAUUAAGAACCUGGACAAAUCCAUUGAUAACAAGGCACUUUAUGACACAUUCUCAGCGUUUGGGAAUAUUUUGUCCUGCAAGGUGGUGUGUGAUGAGAAUGGCUCUAAGGGCUACGCAUUUGUGCACUUUGAGACCCAAGAUGCCGCAGACAGAGCCAUCGAGAAGAUGAACGGCAUGCUGCUCAACGACCGCAAAGUAUUUGUUGGGAGAUUCAAAUCUCGUAAAGAGCGGGAGGCAGAGCUGGGAGCCAAGGCAAAGGAGUUCACCAAUGUGUAUAUUAAAAAUUUUGGGGAUGACAUGGAUGAUGAAAGGCUAAAGGAGCUCUUCAGCAAAUAUGGUAAAACUCUGAGUGUUAAAGUGAUGACAGACCCCACUGGAAAAUCCAAAGGCUUCGGCUUUGUAAGCUUUGAAAAGCAUGAAGAUGCUAACAAGGCAGUAGAAGAAAUGAAUGGAAGAGAUAUAAAUGGUAAAAUGGUAUUUGUAGGUCGUGCGCAGAAGAAGGUCGAGCGCCAGGCUGAACUGAAACGGAAGUUUGAACAGCUGAAACAAGAGCGACUCAGCCGGUACCAGGGUGUUAACCUGUAUAUUAAAAACCUUGAUGACACUAUAGAUGACGAAAAACUAAGGAAGGAGUUCUCACCAUUUGGGUCAAUAACGAGUGCCAAGGUGAUGCUGGAAGAUGGACGGAGCAAAGGGUUUGGCUUUGUCUGCUUUUCCUCUCCAGAAGAAGCUACGAAAGCAGUGACAGAGAUGAACGGGCGCAUUGUGGGCUCAAAGCCUUUGUAUGUUGCACUUGCACAAAGGAAAGAGGAGCGAAAAGCCCAUCUCACAAAUCAGUAUAUGCAGCGCAUUGCAGGGAUGAGAGCCUUGCCUGCCAACACAAUCAUUAAUCAGUUCCAGCCUGCUGCGGGUGGAUAUUUCAUGCCUGCUGUGCCCCAGGCGCAGAGCAGACCCACUUACUAUGCACCCAACCAAAUGGCGCAGAUGAGACCCAACCCACGCUGGCAGCAAGGCGGAAGACCUCAAGGCUUCCAGGGAAUGCCCAGUGCCAUGCGCCAGUCUGGACCACGGCCAGCACUGCGCCAUCUGGCCCCUGCCAGCAAUGCUCCAGCCGCUCGUGGCCUCCCUGCUGCUGCCCAGCGAGUUGGUGUUGGCAGCACAGGGCAGAAUUUAGCUCCCCGUCCACCUGUACCUGCCCCUGCUCCCAGAGCUGUUCCUCCUUACAAAUACGCUUCUAGUGUGCGCAGCCCCCACCCAGCUGUGCCACCCCUGCAGGCCCCCCAGCCUGCAGUACAUGUGCAGGGCCAGGAGCCGCUGACUGCCUCCAUGCUAGCGGCUGCCCCUCCCCAGGAGCAGAAACAGAUGCUGGGGGAACGUUUGUUCCCACUGAUUCAAGCUAUGCACCCCAGCCUUGCCGGGAAGAUCACAGGAAUGCUGCUAGAGAUUGACAAUUCGGAGCUGCUGCACAUGCUGGAGUCUCCGGAGUCACUCCGGUCAAAGGUGGAGGAGGCCGUUGCAGUGUUGCAGGCUCACCAGGCCAAGAAGGAAGCUGCCCAGAAGGUGGGCGUUGUUGCUGCUACCUCUUAAACCAGGAAGACUGGAUGCAAAGAAGCCAAAUAGCCCCAUUGUAGAUGCCUGCUCAAGCUGUGUGGAGACCCUUUGCUGCCUCGUGGAUCUUGAUGCCAUGCCGUAUCAUGUAGUUCUAUUGCAUUUUGUUAACUGGUCUUUAAGACCUUAUUUAAAAAUCCAACUGUGAACUCUAGGUUUCCAAACCCGGAAUUGGGCUUGCAAGCUUUUCCUUUGUGGUCAGAAUGGAGCUGCCCUCUGUGUCUUCCGAGCAGGACGUUGAGGGUUUUAGGUUGAGAGUAUUUUGUGGUUUUGGUUUUAACUUGAACAAUCCAGUUUGGAAAGUCUGGAAAGCAUUUAUCAAUAAAGAAAUAA